CAGGCGCGGCCCAGACAGACUCCGGCAGAGGCCUCCGGACGGUGCAGUCAAGUGGAGCGCCGAGGAGGAGGAGGAGAAGGAGGAGGAAGAAGAGGAGGAGGCCGAGGAAGAUUGGAGACUCAAGCUCAAGAGGUCCUGGCCACAGCACACGUCGCCGCCGCCGAAGAAGCACCGCUGGAAGUCGAAGAGCAAGGCGCAGCUGGCGGCGGGGCCCCGGGUCGACCCCGAGCAGCUCCCGGACCUGCAGCUCCCGGACCUGCAGCUCCCGGACCUGCAGCUCCCGCUGACGUACCGCAGGCCCACGAUCAGGUUCAGCGUCUGCGCAGACUCUCCAGGCCGCUUGUCCUUGGUGCCCACUUUGGACUGCCGCUCAACCUUCAGUGUCUUUAACGAGCUGGCGAUGAUGGGAGACCCAAAUGUCUUGGAAAUGGUGGCGGAAGGAACAAAAGGCCAUAAAGAAACAACCCAACAGUUUCCAUUAAGUGAGACGGUGAGCAGCAAGGAUACCAGCUUUCUCCUCCAGCAACCCCCAGGGACUGCUAAGCGACUCAAUUUGUUCCUGAGGCGGCGUCUUAUGUUUAAAAAAAGUGCGCAGAGUAAGGAUUCUGUCUACUUCCGAGAUGGGCUCAGGAAAAUUGAUUUUGUGCUUUCCUAUGUUGACGACAUAAAGAAAGAAGACUUAAAGGUGGACAGAAGAAGAGAAUUUGAAAAGAACCUCAGAAUAUCAGGUCUUGAGUUGGAAAUUGAAGACAAAAGGGACUCUGAAGAUGGAAAAACAUUCUUUGUCAAGAUCCAUGCCCCUUGGGAGGUAUUAGUUACCUAUGCUGAGGUGUUGGGAAUGAAAAUGCCUAUAAAGGAGAGUGAUAUUCCCCUACCUGUUCAAAACCCCUUUAGCUGUGUGCUUGGGCCACUGAAGCUUGACAGGAAUUUGAAGCAUCCUCAUCCUGAAUAUUUCACGGCCCAAUUCACCAGACAUCGGCAGGAGCUCUUCCUCAUUGAAGAUAAGGCAACCUUCUUUCCAUCCUCAGCAAGAAACAGAAUUGUUUACUAUAUUCUUUCACGGUGCCCUUUUGGCACAGAAGAAGGGAAGAAAAGGUUUGGGAUCGAAAGACUACUAAAUUCUAAUGUUUAUUCAUCUGCUUACCCACUUCAUGAUGGCCAAUAUUGGAGGCCAUCAGACCGCCACUCUCCUGUCAAUGAAAGAUAUGUGCUUCAUAAGAACUGGGCUCGGCUUUCCUAUUUUUACAAGGAGCAACCUUUACAUUUGAUUAGGAAAUACUAUGGAGAAAAAAUCGGCAUCUAUUUUGUCUUUCUUGGAUUUUACACAGAAAUGCUGUCUUAUGCAGCUGUAGUUGGCUUAGCUUGUUUUAUUUAUGGCUUGUUUUCCAUGGAGAGUAACACAAGCAGCAAUGAAAUCUGCCACCCUGAAAUCGGAGGUCAGAUCAUCAUGUGCCCACUCUGUGACAAACUGUGUGAUUAUUGGAGACUCAAUUCUACAUGUUUGGCCUCAAAAAUCUCCCAUUUGUUUGAUAAUGAGUCAACAGUGUUCUUUGCAAUAUUCAUGGGGAUUUGGGUCACGCUGUUUUUGGAGUUUUGGAAACAGCGACAGGUCAUACUGGAGUACGAGUGGGAUAUGGUGGACUUCGAAGAGGAGCAGCAGCAGCUGCAGCUGAGACCGGAGUUUGAGGCCAUGUGUAAGCACAGGAAAAUGAAUGAUGUGACUAAGGAGAUGGAGCCUCACAUGCCUCUCUAUAGUCGUAUUCCAUGGUAUGUACUCUCAGGAGCCACCGUGACAUUAUGGAUGACUCUUGUGCUCAGCUGCAUGGUUGCUGUGAUUGUGUACCGUCUGUCGGUCUAUGCUACAGUGGCUACCUUCAUGGAAUCCGACACAACCUUAAAGCCUGUCAGUCGUAUCCUUACUCCCCAGCUGACGACAUCACUCACAGGAUCGUGCCUGAACUUUAUUGUCAUCUUAAUCCUGAAUUUCUUUUACGAGAAAAUAUCUGCCUGGAUCACAAAAAUGGAAAUUCCUCGAACUCACCAGGAAUAUGAAAGCAGCCUCACCUUGAAAAUGUUCCUGUUUCAGUUUGUAAACUAUUACUCGUCUAUCUUCUACGUGGCUUUCUUUAAGGGGAAGCUGGUGGGCUAUCCUGGGAAAUACACAUAUAUGUUUAACAUCUGGAGAAGUGAAGAGUGUGAUCCUGCAGGAUGCCUGAUAGAAUUAACAACUCAAUUGACCAUCAUAAUGUUUGGGAAACAGCUAUUUGGAAACAUUAAAGAAGCCAUUUAUCCCCUUAUUUUGAAUUUGUGGCGACGCCGGAAAACGCGGACCCACUCUGAGAAAUUGUACAGCCGCUGGGAACAGGACCAUGACCUGGAGUCCUUCGGAAACCUGGGUCUGUUCUACGAGUACUUGGAGACAGUUAUCCAAUUUGGAUUUGUUACAUUAUUUGUGGCCUCUUUUCCUCUGGCUCCUCUUUUGGCUCUUUUGAAUAAUAUUUUAGAGAUCCGAGUCGAUGCCUGGAAACUUACAACUCAGUACAGGAGACCUGUGGCUGCUAAGGCUCAUAGCAUAGGCGUCUGGCAAGACAUCCUUUACGGAAUGGCUGUCCUCUCUGUUGCAACCAAUGCCUUUAUUGUUGCAUUUACAUCAGACAUCAUCCCCCGGUUAGUGUACUUGUAUGCCUACUCGGAAAACACCACGGAGCCUCUGAACGGAUAUGUCAACAACAGCCUGUCAGUGUUCCUGAUAGCGGAUUUUACCAACCGCACGGCGCCCACCGGGAAACGAGACUUCCUCACUUGCAGGUACCGAGAUUACAGAUAUCCUCCUGACCACGAGUUUAAAUACUCUCACAAUAUGCAAUUCUGGCAUGUCCUUGCUGCCAAGAUGACCUUCAUCAUAGUUAUGGAACACGUUGUGUUUAUAUUUAAAUUUCUAUUGGCCUGGAUGAUCCCUGAUGUUCCAAAAGAUGUUGUGGAGAGAAUCAAGCGAGAAAAGUUAAUGACUGUUAAGAUUCUCCACGACUUUGAACUCAAAAAAUUAAAAGAGAACUUGCGGCUGAGUUCCGAUAUUCUUGCCAAGGAAGUUCUGCUUCAAGAAAACAAGGCAGAGCUGGCGAAGGUAACAAUGUAAUCAGCAUAGCAAGCAAGCAACUGGUUGCCUUCCUUACUUCACUUUCUGUCCCUGGGUUUAGGGCUAGGGGUCAGAGCCAAGGUCAAUUGCAACUCUUCCUUUUUUUUUUGUUUUUUUUCCCAGCUCAAAGGUUUUGUACACUUUUGUAGAGCCUAACUUUGUAAUGUUGGAAGAGUUUCACUUGUUUGCUUCUUUGGCAGGGUUCUUCAAAUAUUGUUGACUGUAUUCUGUAAAUGAUUGCUGAAAGUGCAUAUGGAAGCAGAAUGUCAGAAAAUCAUGGGAUGUGGCAGUUUAGAGUAAAACACUGGAUUCGGGCUAUCCCAUCAUCCUCCAGGGCAUCUGCAUAUUUUGUGGUAUUCUGUUGGAUUGUUGUACAUCAAGGAGAAUGGUAAGAGAAAGAAAAAGAUAGCAGAGCGGUCUACCAAGCCAUACAUAACCUGUCAUCCUAAAAUAUGCAAAUGAAAAACCAAAAUCAGCUGACAUGGGAAAACUCACAUGCUAAAGAAUAUUGGGUAAAAGAUCAUGCCAGGGAUUUGUUCCUGAAAUCAUCCUGAGUAAACUAACCUUGCAUCAGGAACCCAGAUGAGUCCUUCCGGGAAAUGCAAAAUUGAUUUUCAGAUGACUGAACUUUGGGGUUCAACAAAGGACGAACUACUCAGUUCUUCAAAGACACACUUUCGGUGGCAGCAGUUUCAAGGCUAAGGGUGGUCAUACCUGGAAAAUAACAUCGCGCCGGUGGGUAUUGGGUCGUUUCAGGUCUUCAAGGAAGGGAAAUAUUGAGAAGUGAAUGUGUUUGUUUGUAUUUAGUAUUUAAAGAAUGCAAGGCAAUGUACAGUGAGGAAUGUAAUUACCUUAAUCUAGAAAAUCGUUGAAUAUUUUUAAAUCUUUUUUUUCCUUUUAAAAUGCCUAUUUUGCAUCAUGAAACCCUUUACGCAUCAGCUAUUUGUAUAAGUGAGAUAUAAGUUGUUUAUGACAUGUGAUAAACAUCUUUGUUUUAAAGCAUUAUCCAAACUUUUCGUAAUUUGAUGACCUUUUCUAUUGGUGUAUCAAUUCACACACUGUUCAGUGCCUUGUUCCUAUGCCUUUGCCAUACAAAAAUGGUACUGCUGGCCAUUGAUGUGCUGUGAUGUGCUAUGGCAACUUCUCAGAAACUGUUGGCUUAACACCAGCUCAGGGUUGGAAACCCAAUGAAAAUCAACCAAGAACGAUGCCUGCAAUGAAGGCGAUAACUAACUGAACAAAUGGUGUGUUGAAUGAUUUCUCUCACAGUUAAACGUGUGAUCCAUGGACACCCAUUCUUGCUUUACUUUAAAAAUUAUAAAAACACUGAACACACAAUGUCUGUGUGUGUAUAUACACCUACAGACACACACAUACACUGGUAUAUAUACUGGUAUGUACUAUCAAAUAAGAGAUACAGUCUAACUAGAUAGCAUUUAACUAUCUAGUUUAAAUUAUUCUUCAGUGGCAAAAUAAUAGUAUUUUUUAAAUCGCAUACAUAGAACUAUUAUCAACAAUUUGUUUAAAGUUUUUUUUAAACACUAGUGUUUGAUUAUUUGAUACUAUAAAUUUGUGUGGAAUUGCCAAUAUUAAGUAGAUGACAGUUGGAAUUAGCUAAUGAUCACUAUUAAGGACAUAGAACUGGAGAUUAUGAAUUCUAUAAAAGCAUGAGUCAGGUAUCCCAGGAUUGGCAGUACUGUGCUUGUCAUCCACUGGGGAUAUUUUGUGAAUGUUUUUGUAUAAAUUAAAAACAACGCAUUAGUGAGAGACUAUUUCUCAUGUGGGGGGAAAGCCAGUCUUACUUGAGGAAACUAGUCGAGGUGACUAUGCAGCAAGAUGCUAUACCUCUGGCUUGUUAAACCAAUCUCUCUGUGUUAUUAUGAUGUUGUGUGUUGCACACAGCUUGUAUCGUUUCCUUCCUGGGUGCUGAUAAAAAUAAGGAAGAGCAUGUGAACCAGUUUACUGGAUAUAAGAUUUCAUUGUUAAGGCUUAAAAGUAUUGGAAGAGAUAGAAUGUAUGAUAAAUAAAAAUAAAUGUUACUCAUGAAGUUAAUUAUGCACUGCAAUUUUAAAACACGUUCAAAUGUUUGGUUCUGGGGUGUAUAAUGAAACCAUUAAAGAAAGAAAUCAUUUGUA